AUGCUAUCCAGCGAUUGGCGAUCAUACGGCGCCACUGAAAGCAGCUUUGAUGAUGGUCACAUUCCUGAAAAUCUAAAAGAUUCAAUUAGAGAAGCAAAAAUUGUGCAGUACGACAUGUUCCAGCAACAAGAACCAGUGGUACACGUCUACAACGAUGCUUUUGCAGACACUGAUAUUAUAGAUGCCAUAUAUACCAAAACUGCAGGUUCAGAUCCCGAAUCUAAAGGGAACAAUGCUUGGGGGGAUUAUGUAACUAUUGAGCAAAUAGAACGGUGCUGGGAGAACAGUAAUGCCAAUGAAUCAUCGAUAGUUGUAAAGAUAACAGCAGAAUACUUGAGGCUGGCUCUAGGUGAAGGAACCAAACUCUGGAAGCAGUACCCGCCAAGCAAAAGUAACUCACAGCCUCUGUUCUCUCGAGAACAGUUGAAAGAGGUUCAUGGUAUAGCCGUAUGGGGUUUGGCAGCUUCAUCUGGCACCUCUGUUCCGUUUCAUCUCGACUAUGCCGAACAGAUACGCUACGAACGAAAUAUAAUUGUACCGCCUCUAUUGGCAGGCACUUUACAGUGUACGAAAGAUCAAAUUGAUGGUGGAGACUUUUAUGUCAGCUUGAAAGGAAUUCCACACUAUGAAAUAACCGGCUACAAAGCGAAACGACAACCAGUAGAUAUGAAAGACCCUGGCGUUAUUUCCCUCCCAUACAAGUACAACCAACUAACAUGUCAUCUUGGCAAUCUUCCCCACGGAAGCACAAAAGUGGAAAAGAUUCAUGGAGAUCAACUCCGUGUGAUUGUUGGCUUUAACGUAUUUUGUGCCAAAUCGGGACCGCUGGUACAGCUCGCCCCUGAACAUAGUGACAAAUUUCGGCGGAAAGUACUUGGAAUGAAAAUGUUUUCACAGAAUGUCAGUCUCGAAUCCAUUAGGAAGAACAAACCCUUGACUCGUUUGCUCGUAAUGGCAAAACGAGAAAAGGCUAAGAACGAAUUCCGGCAGUCUCAGGAGACAUUGAAACGAGAAAUACUCUCAUACCUACCAGCUACUGUACAAGAGCUAGCCGAUCGAUUUUGCUCCGACCCCGCAAAUUCCUCGUGGCCAUAUACACCGGGAGAUUUACAAAUGUUCAUUUACGAUCAAGUUCUGAAGGGGGAGUACCGUUUGGCGGCAUUCGGAGACGAGCCAUCGAGUUCCAAGGAUUCGGUAUCAAUGACAGCGACGGUAGAACUGGUUUCGACGUAG